UUACUGUUUCAUGAAAAACCUCUAUUCCAAUCGCUUGCCCAAUCUUGGAAAGGGAAUGAUGCAUGCCAGAACUGGGCAUUUAUCACUUGUGAUCCGCAGGGGAAUAAUGUGACUACUGUGAAUCUUGGAAAUCAGGGUUUUUCAGGUACUAUUUCCCCCUCUCUUGCCAACUUGACUUCAUUGAGGAAUCUGUAUUUGAAUGAUAAUAAUCUUACUGGCCCAAUCCCGGAAAGCUUGACUACUUUGCCUAAUCUUCAAGUCCUAGAUGUGUCCAACAACAAUUUGUCUAGGCCUAUACUUGUUUUUUCACCUUCUGUAAACUUUUCUCAUGGUGGCAACUUAUUCCUUGGGAAGAAUGUGAGUACUGGUGCUCCCAGUGACAAUCCAUCGUCUCACAAUUCAAACGUCUCAGCUGGAAUCGUUGUUGGUGUGGUUGUAGCUGUUGUUGUUUUUGUUGUGGUUGUGUUGUUUGUGUCUUACAAGUGUUACAUGAAGCGGCAGCAUAAGAUGAAGGUUAGUGUAAAGGGCACUACUGUUUCGAUUGAGAUAAAGAAACUGGACAUAGUUGAUUGUGGGAGAACUUCUCCUGUUCACCAAGAUGGAAACAUUGCUAUUCCCAUCCAAGUUCUUGAAAAAGCCACAAACUUUUUUAGUGAAGAAAAUGUGUUGGGGAGCGGAGGAUAUGGAGUGGUAUAUUUGGGUGAACUAGAUGAUGGAACAAAGGUUGCCGUGAAGAAGAUGAAAGAUAGGGCAACGGUUACUAAAGGAAUGAAUGCGUUCCAAGCAGAAAUUUCUUUUCUUACCAAAGUUAGGCAUAGGAAUUUAGUUGCACUGAUUGGUUAUUGUAUCAAUGACAACAAUAAUCUUUUGGUGUACGAGUAUAUGCCACAAGGUACAUUGGGCCAUCAUUUAUUUGAAUGGGAGAAGCAUGGCUUUGAUCCUCUAACUUGGAAGCAAAGGGUGACCAUUGUAUUAGAUGUGGCCAGGGGGAUUGAGUAUCUUCAUAGUUUGGCUCAUCAAAGUUUCAUUCAUCGAGAUAUAAAGUCCUCAAAUAUUCUUCUUAGUGAUGACAUGAGAGCCAAGGUCGCAGAUUUUGGAUUGGUUAGAAAGGCUCCGAAUGAUAAAUCUUCUUUUGAGACGCGAGUGGCUGGAACAUUCUGUUACCUUGCACCUGAAUAUGCUACAACAGGACGAGCCACAAACAAAGUAGAUGUUUAUGCAUUUGGAGUUGUUUUAAUGGAGAUAAUCACCGGCAAAAAAGCAGUAGAUGAGACAUUGCCUGACGAGACGUGUCACUUGGUCACAUGGUUUCACAAGAUUAUAAGAAUAGGACACAACCUUAAAAACACUAUCGACCCAACUCUUGAUCUUGAUGACCAAACAUUUGAGAGCAUUUCUAAGGUUGCAGAGUUAGCAGCUCACUGCACUGCUAACAAAUAUUUUCAACGACCAACAAUGGAACAUGUUGUUAACGUCCUUGGUCCCUUUGCACAAAGGUGGAAGACUUUGAGACUAGAAGAAAUAGCGGACAAGUAUGGUGGUCUUGACCGCCACAUGAGCCUUCCUCUUGCGUUUGACGGCUCAUCCAUUGAAGGGGUUGCCGACUUGCCGCUGGAAGCCUUUUGUGCUCCCACUGCUGUUCUUCACUGA